UGCAAUGAACUGCGGCAGGUUGGCGCCAUUCUGAGCGAGGAACCUUGUAACAAUCUGGAGCUGCAAGAUUGUGUCACUGAACAGAUACAAUCUCAGGCUGCGCCCCCUUUUCCCCAGAGCCUGGCACCAGGUUGAAAAUGCCCAGCCGGAGGAACAGGCGGAAUGACUCGCACUGUGACCAGUGGGUGCUGUUGGCACAAGAGUCUGCCGUUCAUGCACCAGAGAAGGCUGACUGCGGGCCUGUUUUUACCAGACUACGUAAUCCCAAAACAGGCACUGCUACUUUGUACUUUUUUAAUAGUGGUGCGACUCAGGUAUAUGAAGUGAAGGCUUUUGAUGAAGAGUACCGAUCUUGGUUUAUCGGUCAGGCUGUUCAGUAUGAUGGAAGGCUUCUGUUUGUUACCCCCCUGGAUCCAUUGUUUUUGGUACUGCCAUACCUUAUUCAGGCCAGUGAAAAGCAAGGAAAGUUUCAGCCAGUGGAUCAAGUAAUAAAGGAUGAAGAUUUUCCCAGAUGCAGCAGCAUACUGAAUUGUACGAGGACUUUGCAAUCACUCCAUCACCUCACUGAUGAAAAAGAAAUUGGUAAUCAGAAGUUUUAUAAAUACAGUAGAGAGAAAACCCUGGUGUGGCUAAAGAAAAAGACCGAGCAGACUGUCAAAGCGUUGAAGAACACCAAUCUCUCUGUAGGUGGUGGUGUGCAGUCCAGUAUGCUGAUUAGAAAUAAACAAGUUACAGAAGUAACUGAAGAGGAUUACCUACGUUAUGCUCAUGGUUUGCUGUCAGAUUAUAUUCCUGCUGAUCUAAGUGUGGAACUCCUUAAAUUCUUGGAGCUACCGGCUGUUGCGACGAAAACGGCAAUAAGUGAACCACAAUCAAAGAAAAGGAAACUGUCCGACAAACUAGUGGAGGCUGAGGAAGACUACACCAAGUUCAACCCUAAUUCAAAAGAGAAAAAGCCCUCCAAGAUGACAGCUGCCCAGAAAUCUUUGGCAAAGGUUGACAAGAGUGGAAUGAAAAAUAUAUCCACCUUCUUUACGUCAAAGAACAAAGGAACAACAAAGACUGCAUAAUUUUUAAACAAAAUAAAAGUUUUUGUUUUCUUUGUGUUGAGUUGCUUUUUUUUGCAGCUUCCUGUGUUAUUCUAAUUGAAAAUAAUGCAAACUGGUUUAAUAUUAACACCUGCUAGAUUUUGCUGUGUUCUAACUCAGGCAGAUUAUAGACACAAAGUCCAUCUUUAUGGUUUGAAUAUAUCUAUUAUUAAAAGUUUUGUGUCUA